GAUACUCUAUACAGAAACCUUUAACAAGUUAAAAUUGAAUCUGUACAAAUUGUGUGAAGAUGACAUUUAAUUUUUAAGGUUAUGUUGUAAAUAAACACUUUAUGUAAAAGUUAUAUUUUUUAAUAAUAUCUUGUAAAUAGCAGUUAGUGUAAAUAAAAAUGUCGGAAUGGCAAGCAACAUGUUGUAACAUGAAGGAUGUGUGUGGAGCCUCAUUGAAGCAUUCCGUCAUUGUGGUGUGCUAUGGUACAAUUAUGAUAGCUAUAAUAGCGCUGUUAGCGUCACUGGGGACAAUCCUCUCUAUCGCUAACAAUGAAUUGGUCUACAACUCCAACCCUAUCAACGCCAUCAACAUGAUCUUUGCACUCUUCUGUACCAGCACAUCGAUGUACCAGGCCGUCGUAUCUAUUAUUUUAUUGCUGUACGUACGAUGCAAAAAAGGGUCUGUAUUCAUACUGUCGGUGUGGUUCGUGUCGCACGUGGUACUCAUGGUGGAGUAUACCUUCAUGUUCAUUGCGCGGUCCAUCAUUUGCCUCUACUGCGGCCACCCGAUGCAGAGUCUGUUCACUCUCGUCGCAGCGUGUUUUUAUGAUGGUGUCAUCAUAUAUUUUUGUGCCAUCGUAGCCAGUUACGAGAACACAUUAGAUCUAGAUAUACUCUACUAGUAAUUUUGAUUAACUAAAUAGUUUUUUUAUCGAAUCCAAUAUUUACCAAUAAAUAUACCUAUAUACAUUG